AUGUUGGAUUUGAACUUUGAAAAUAUUCCACUCUACCGGGCUCGACUCUACUGGGCUCGACUCUACCCUACCGGGCUCGACUCUACCCUACCGGGCUCGACUCUACCCUACCGGGCUCGACUCUACCCUACCGGGCUCGACUCUACCCUACCGGGCUCGACUCUACCCUACCGGGCUCGACUCUACCCUACCGGGCUCGACUCUACCCUACCGGGCUCGACUCUACCCUACCGGGCUCGACUCUACCCUACCGGGCUCGACUCUACCCUACCGGGCUCGACUCUACUCUACCGGGCUCUACCCUACCGGGCUCGACUCUACCCUACCGGGCUCGACUCUACCCUACCGGGCUCGACUCUACCCUACCGGGCUCGACUCUACUCUACCGGGCUCUACCUACCGCUACCGGGCUCGACUCUACCCUACCGGGCUCGACUCUACCCUACCGGGCUCGACUCUACCCUACCGGGCUCGACUCUACCCUACCGGGCUCGACUCUACCCUACCGGGCUCGACUCUACUCUACCGGGCUCUACCCUACCGGGCUCGACUCUACCCUACCGGGCUCGACUCUACCCUACCGGGCUCGACUCUACCCUACCGGGCUCGACUCUACUCUACCGGGCUCUACCCUACCGGGCUCGACUCUACCCCUACCGGGCUCGACUCUACCCUACCGGGCUCGACUCUACUCUACCGGGCUCGACUCUACCCUACCGGGCUCGACUCUACCCUACCGGGCUCGACUCUACUCUACCGGGCUCUACCCUACCGGGCUCUACUCUACUCUACAGUUUCAACUGCCCCAGCAUUGUCCUCCUCUCCCCCUCACCUUCCUCCCUCCCUCCUCUGGGAUGCUGCACAAAGCGGAAGGAUGCUGCAGCACAGCCGCGCUCAGCUCUGAUCUCUCCUGUUCGUUGUUGUUUCUUUGGCUCCAUCUCUUCACCCAUGUUUCCCUCGUGCUGUCCCGGUCCCUCGGCGGUUGGUGUCCCCGGGGACGAUGCCCCGAAGCGCCGGUCCUGGACAAAGCUGCUCCUGGGCGUGUUCGCGGUCUACAUGCUGCAUAGCGCCUGGCUACUCUACACGUUCCUCCACAAUAAGCCGUGUGACGGUGGAGAGCAGUGCAUCCGAUCCUACCUGAGCGCACGACCCAGACUGCAGCUCAGCCUGUUCACGUGUCUCGUCCCGGACAACAGCCAGCUGCACCUCGCUCUGAAGAUCGACCCGUUUGAUCCUCAGUCCUCGUAUGAAAGACAGGUGAUGGUGCAGGUGCCAGAGGAGACUCGCUCAAACGGGAGCCUGUUUGCGGUGGUGUAUGUGCACAGAGCAGGAGCCUCUCCGCUGGAAGACUCCUCUGAAGUCCACUCCACCACCAAACUCACCACCUACCACAGCGCCGCCCCGGAGGACGAGGGUUUGUUUUCCCGCCAGAGGAGGCCGAGCCGCAGAGCCAGACCCGUGUCCCACUGGAGACCACACCUCUCUGUGUCCAUGAUGUCGGAGAUCUUCUCAUUCAACAAAGGAGGCGUUCCCAGUGACGUGCGGCGCUUCAUGAGGGUAUCUAAGAAUGAAAGGCAGGUCACGUACCUCCCUCUGCUGCUGGUGAACGAGCUCAGCUUCAGGGUCCGAGACCUCAUGGAGCUGAACAGCAGCUCGGUGCGUCUCCCUCUGAGUCUGUCGUACGAGGGCAUCUCCCUGAGGAGGUUCAGGUUCCUGCUGCAGCUCCAGGACAUGGUCUACUCCCUGCGACAGUUCGGUUUCACAGAAGAAAACAUCGAUGAGAUCAAAGAGACUCUGGUGGGGUCCAACCUGUGGCUGCUGGUGCUGACGGCGCUCAUCACGUCUCUGCAGUUGGUGUGUGAGUUCCUGGCUCUCAAGAACGACAUCAGUUGGUGGAUGGGGAAGAACAGCAUGGCUGGCGUGUCCAGAAAGACCGUUUUGUGGCGCAGUCUGAGCACGCUGCUGAUCUUCAUGCACCUGUUGGAGGAGACCAGCCUCCUGGUGCUGAUCCCCAUCGCACUGGGGGCCUUUGUGGAGGUCUGGAAGGUUUUCAAAGUCUACAAGAUCCAGCUGCAGUGGAACGGUCUGACUGUCAGCAAGAUGGACGAAGACGAGAAGAAAACCGUGGAAUACGAUGCGCAGGCCUCACGAUAUCUGUCCUACCUGGUUUAUCCUCUGUGUGUGAGUGGAGCCAUCUUCUCUCUGGUUUAUUUGCGACAGAAGAGUUACUUCUCGUGGCUGCUGAACACACUGGUGACCGGUGUGUAUGCGCUCUGCUUCCUCUCCAUGGCUCCUCAGCUCUUCAUCAAUCACAAGCUGCGGUCUGUGAGCCACCUGCAGGGGGCGGUGCUGGUCUACAGGGGUGUGAACACUCUGCUGUCGGACCUGUGCUACCUGGCCUCCUCUCUGAACCCGUCGGUGUCUCUGCCCUCGGCUCAUCAGCUCUGCUGCUUCAGAGACGAGCUGCUGCUGCUGCUCUACGUCCUCCAGCGCAGGAAAUACGGCUCCAAACACAGAAGACGAGACUCGGGGCCAAACGGCAAGAAGCAGAAAACACAAUGA